UUGGUCAAUUAUCAGUUUUAAUUGAGUCUUUUCCUUUCACGGCUACGAAACACCAUGGCCAGUGUCAAUGAUGAUUCUAUUAGUGAGGUGCCCAGCAAGCGUUCUCGUUUAGCAGGCUCAAGCUCCAAAAGUCUUAAAAUAGUAGAGUCCCCGCAGCCCAAGGUCGCGAAUCGAGUCCCCAAGUGCGCCCGCUGUCGUAAUCAUGGCAUUAUAUCGGAACUGAGAGGCCACAAGAAGCUCUGCACCUAUAAGAACUGCAAGUGUGCCAAGUGUGUCCUGAUCUUCGAGAGGCAACGCAUAAUGGCGGCUCAGGUCGCCCUGAAGCGCCAACAGGCGGUGGAGGAUGCGAUUGCCAUGCGUCUGGUGGCCAACAAAACGGGACGCUCCAUCGAUGCCCUGCCGCCGGGCAACAUCUUUGGCCUGACCGUCACGCAGCCCAGUUCUCCCCAGCAACUGAAGGAAGAUGAACAUCUGGAGAAGCAACCAAUGACGGUAGAAAGGCAGCAACAGCAGCAGGAGGAACUGUGUGAGCCGCCGGCGGUGGCCCAGGAUUUGAGUGCUACCCGACGGGAGAAUGUCUCGCAGACGGCCAUCGAUAUGCUGGCGCAGCUUUUUCCUCAAAGGAAACGAUCUGUCCUGGAGCUGGUGCUGAAACGCUGCGAUCUCGACCUGAUACGGGCCAUAGAGAAUGUCUCUCCAGCAGCAGCGACAGCUUCCAUGGAGGUAUCCAAAUCCCUACUGCCAAUGGCAGAUACUUCAAUGCAAAGCCUACAGCUGGCCAUGCCCCAAAGGAGCAGCGCCUUCAGGCCGGUCAUAGCAGAUCAGUACCCAAGCAAACCACUGAUGGAGCUGAAGCCCCCAAGUGCCGCAUUUGGUAGCAACCCGUCAGCAGCAGCUGCGGCCAUUUGUGCCUACCCCAAAUGGUUUGUGCCGCUCUCCUUUCCGGUCACCAUGGGGCACCUAUCGAACCUGGCACCACGCUGCACGCUGCCGAAUUGCGCCUGCCUCGACAGCUACCAGUUCCACUAG